AUGGCCUCAGAGGCGGGUGCACAGAUCUACGGGUCGAUAUGCGAGACUACGCCGUUCGGCACAGCAAAAGCAUCUCACUCUGAAAACAUUCAAAAUGGAACUGUUUAUAUUUCUUCUGUUCGUCCAAACGGCGUUCGGUUUCGCAGUCACACCACUACCCCGACAAACCGAAGAACUACUGGUGCCGACGACGACAACAUCUACCGAAUCUGGUACAUCAAUGGUCCCGACGACAUUUUGGACCGCUACUUCAACUAUCACUCCGACCAGAUCCCAGGGGUUUUGACGGCGACAGACCAGAACGCUGUCUCUUCCGCUUCUUUUGUGGCUCCGGUUCGGUCAACUGUCGCCUUUGAGGGGGAUGAGUUACCCUCGGUUUUGUCUGCAGAUGACGGAGUUCACGGGUCACUGGAUGGCGAUAGGACUGAGACUGAGACUGCCGAUGUCGUUCUCACGUUGUACCCGAUCCCUUCGGCUUCAAGCUCGGAGCCUUUGGUGACAGUCACGGGGGAACCGUGGGGAGAUACUACAGGUUCCGCCUUUGUCAUCCACGGAUCAGACACUUUGAGCUCGACUGGCUCCACGACCAUUGCACCUCUUCCCUCGAGCGCCAUUUCGAUCCCGACAUCCGCUGCUGCCGCCGAGUCAUUUGCCUCUCAAACGACGACCACUACUCUCACAACCGGGGCUAGGACCACAUUCGAAUUCUACGUGGCUGGUGUGGACAAACAGUGUUCAUCGACCGAGCAGGACGUGGUCAGCAUGGACGAAUUCUACAAUGUCAUGGAUUAUCUCGCACAUCCGUCCUCCAAGUAUGACGGUCUACGAGACACUUUCUUUGCCGACUAA